CAUCUUCAGUGUCUAUCUAGAGAGAGAACUAAAAGAGUGAGAGAGAAAAGAAGAAGAAAUGAUGAUGGAAAAGAAGGGUCUGGUGGUGGGUGAGGUAGUGCCAUGCAUGCUAAUGGCUUUAAUGGAGUUUUGCACCAUCGGCUUGACCAUCUUGGCUAGCACCGUCUUCUCCAAAGGGUUAAGUCCCUUUGUGUUCGUCGUCUACACCAAUGCACUCUCUUCUAUCUUUCUUCUCCCUUACAACACCUUCAUCGUUAGUAGAAACAAGAGAGAAGAUCUUAUACCAUGGUUUUUUCUUCUUGGUUUCGUAGGGGUGACAAUGGCACAGAAUCUAGCAUUUGUCGGAUUGAGUUAUAGUUCCCCAAUCGUUGCUAUUGGAAUGGGUUGUUUGAUCCCCUCUAUUUCAUUCGUUCUUGCCGUCAUUUGCAGGAAGACAAAUGUGGAUUUGAAAAGUUCAGCCAGUCGAAUAAAGUUAAUGGGUACACUGGUGUCACUCAUUGGAGCUGUAACGCUCAUUCUCUAUAGGGGUCCUGUGGUCCAAGACCCAGCUUCGACCCAUCUUCAUCAAGCUCCUCAGCUCUUUGUUUUCUUAUCCCACAAGGAAAAUUGGGUUCUUGGUUGUGCUCUUUUUGCAGCCGCAAAUUUAUGUUACUCAAUAUGGAAUAUUUUUCAGGCGAGAACCAUAGAAAAAUGCCCAGAAGUAAUGACAGUGGCUUCUAGUUCUAGCUUAUUUGGGACAUUUCAAUCUGCUUUGUUUGCUUUAGUCAUAGAAAGAGACCCUAGUGCAUGGAGGUUGCAACUUGACAUGGGACUCCUUGUCAUUGUGUUAACGGCGCUAUUUGGAAGUCUUAUCAAAAGCAAUGUAUAUAUGUGGUGUGGACGAACAAAAAGUCAGUUUUAUGUUACUAUGUUCAAGCCUCUUGGGGUUCCAAUUGCUGGCAUGUUUGGUUGCCUUUUCUUUGCUCAAACAUUUCAUUAUGGAAGCUUGAUGGCCGCAGCGAUAACUGGAAUUGGAUAUUUCAUAAUGAUGUGGGGUCAACUUAAAGAGGAUGAAAGUAAAAGGGCCAAAGUGGAUUUACCGGAAGAGAGAGCUCCUCUUUUGCAAGAAGAACAAGUUUAAACUAUAAGUAAACGUCAUAUGUAUGUACGUAUGUAUGUAAGCGAGGGUAUGUUUUGGAGGCCCUAGCACGAGCAUAAUAUGUACAAUAUUAUAGUAUUAUAUUAUGCAUGAAAUAAAAAACUACAAUAUUUAUUUAAA